CCUUUUCGCUUCUACGUCGAACCGUAUCGUAGAUCAACCAUGGCGGUCGGUAAAAAUAAGAGACUCACUAAAGGAAAAAAGGGGCAAAAGAAGAAGAUAAUUGACCCCUUCACUAAAAAGGACUGGUAUGAUGUUAAAGCACCUUCGCAAUUUGCUGUUCGUAACAUCGGUAAAACUCUCGUCAAUCGCACCAGCGGAACAAAAAUCGCUUCGGACGGUUUGAAGGGCCGCGUAUUCGAGGUUUCUUUGGCUGAUUUGCAGAAUGGAGAGAUUGCCUUUAGGAAAUUUCGCUUAAUUGCUGAAGAAGUAUUGGGAAAGAGCGUUUUAACAAAUUUCCACGGCAUGAGUAUGACAUCUGAUAAAUUGAAGUCCCUUGUUAAAAAAUGGCAGACAUUAAUUGAAGCCCAUAUUGAUGCUAAGACCACUGAUGGAUAUUUGCUCAGAUUCUUUGCUAUUGGUUUUACUAAAAAGAGGCCCAACCAAAUAAAGAAAACAGCCUACGCCAAAACUUCUCAGUGUCGUUCUAUCAGGAAAAAAAUGACUGAUAUCAUUACACGAGAAGUUUCAGCAAUUGAUCUGAAAGAAGUAGUCAACAGAUUAAUCCCAGAUAGUAUCGGCAAAGACAUUGAAAAGUCUUGUCAAUCAAUUUAUCCAUUACACGAUGUUUACAUUCGAAAAGUCAAGGUUUUAAAAAAGCCAAAGCUUGACACUGCAAAAUUGCUUGAAUUACAUGGUGAAGGCGUUGCUUCCAGUGGUGAUGCAGGUUCUGCCGUUCGUCGCGAUGGAUACGAACCCCCAGUGCAAGAAAGUGUUUAAAUCUUAAUUCAACUUUUACCAUGUACAGUUUCUUAGUUAACAAAUAAAAUGUCAAUGGUACAUUA